GUCUCCCCAGGCGCCCGGCCAACGCCCGGCCCGGUCCCGAGAAGAGCCACGGCCCUGCCAAGGCUGGGAGGAAGGCAGCUCAACCCACCCAGUUCGGUGCCCGCGCUGGCAAGGGUGGCGGCGUGUGGAGAUGAAGCAGGGACCCUGCAGGCCCCCCGAUGUCUCCACAGCCCAGGCACCUGGGGCCUGGAAUAUUUUGGACCGUGUUCGUGGGUCGCUGGGACUACAGGGCCAGACGCACCGUUUCCCUGCAGCUGUGGUAGCAGCAACCUCCCCUCCAUGAUGUUGGCUGUGAUGAACAGACCCCUUUCUGCCAAAGGCUUUGGGCUCUGGGCCCCAAGGGACUAAAUAGCCUGGUGCUGCCCCCCCCCCUCCUGCCCCAUUGUGCCCAGCACCCUUGCACUAUGUCUCCUGCUUGGUUUGGCUUCCACAGGUUCCUUCUACGCCUCUCCAACCACCCCAGGUGGGGGCGGCGGCGGCGCCAGACUCUCCUACUCUGGCUCCUGCUGUUAUGCUGGCCUGCUUGGGUCCACCCAGCCACUUUCAAAGUGGGGGUCAUGGGCCCCUGGAGCUGUGACCCCAUCUUUGCCCGGGCGUUGCCCGAAGCAGCUGCCCAGUUGGCUGUGGGGCGGAUCAACAAGGACCCGGAGGUGAACCAGGGCUACUGGUUUGACUAUGUGCUGCUGAACGAGGAGUGCCAGACCAGCCAGGCGCUGGUGGCUCUGGUCAACGCCGAACGCUAUGCCUCCGGCUUCGUGGGGCCACUCAACCCGGUCGCAUGUGGGAUGGCUGGGCCAUUGGGCCAGGCCUGGAACAAGCCGGUCUUCUCCUGGGCGUGCCUGAAUAGGGAUGCUGAGGUGGAGCGGUGGAACACCUUCGCCCGGCCUCUCCCGCAGGCCUCAGCCGUGCUCUACGCUGUCCUCAAAUUUUUCCGCUGGGCCCACGUGGCCGUGGUCACCUCCCAGCAGGACCUGUGGGUGGAGGCAGGGGAAGGCCUGGCCCACUCGCUGCGUGACUUUGGCUUGCCCGUCAGUGUGGUGACCACCAUGGAGGCUGGUGACGACGGGGCUCGCAAUGUCCUGCGACAGGUGCAGAGGGCCGAUAACGUCAGAGUGGUGGUGAUGUGCAUGCACUCGGUGCUUCUGGGUGGGGAGGAGCAGCGCCUCCUGCUGGAGAAGGCAGAGGACCUGCGCAUGACAGAUGGCACCUUUGUCUUCAUCCCCUACGAUGCGCUGAGCUACAGCUUGCCCUACCGCCGGACGCCCUACCCCGUGCUAGGCAACAAUACCAAGCUGCGGCUGGCCUAUGAUGCUGUGCUCACAGUCACCAUCGACGCCCCUGAGCAGAGCUUCCGUGAGGCUUUCCAUGAUGCCCAGCAGGCACAUGAGCUGCCGGCUCACCUGGACCCUGCACAGGUGCACCCACUCUUUGGCACCAUCUACAACUCCAUCUACUACCUGGCCAAGGCGGUGGAGCGCACGCGACAGGCUGGCCGCUGGGUGAUGGGCUCCAGCAUUGCUGAGCACACCCAGGACUUCCAGCUGGAAGGCUUCUGCCAGCGGCUGGCAGCUGACCAGAACGGUGACCCUGUGGUGAGCUACAUCAUCCUGGACACUGAUGGCAAGGGGAACCGGCUUUGGCCCACCUACAGUGUGGCCACAGGGCCCGAGGGGCUGCGCUUCAUGGGCCAUGCCAUCCACUGGCCCCACAGCUCCAGCCCCAGCACCGACUCGGGGUGCUGGUUUGUGCCAACUACCAUCUGUUCUGGGGGGGUGGAACCCAGCUUCAUCCUGCUCCUGUUCAUCUUGGCUUUCAGCUUGAUCCUGGGGGGAACAGCUCUUGCUUUCUAUGUCAGGCGCCGGAUCCUGCAUGCCCAGCUCAUGAAGGGCCCUGACAAGAUCAUCCUGACUAUGGAGGACUUGACCUUCAUUAACACCCAGAGCAGCAAGAAAGUAAGAGGCAGUGGGAAGGGGAAAGGAUAGGAACUCAGCUUCCAGAGCCUGGCAGCUGCUCCCGACAACACCAAUGUGGCUGUAGCCCAGGGAGAUGAGAAGCAAAAAUGCAACAGCCACGUCCCUUUCCUCCUCCUUUUGUUUAACAACCAAGGUCUAGUGGCAGCCGUGCAGGGUGACUGGGUUUGGCUCAAGAAGUUCCCCGGAGACAAGCACACAGACAUCAAACCGGCCACCAAAACCACCUUCUGCAAGCUCCGGGAUCUGCGGCAUGAAAACGUGAAUCUCUUCCUGGGCUUCUUCUAUGACUGCGGGGUGUUCGCCAUCGUGUCGGAGCACUGCUCCCGUGGCAGCCUGGAGGACCUCAUCCGCAACGAGGACAUGAAACUCGACUGGAUGUUCAAGUCCUCCCUGCUCCUCGACCUCAUCAAGGGGAUGAAAUAUCUCCAUCACCGGGAGGUGGUGCACGGGCGGCUGAAGUCACGAAACUGUGUGGUAGAUGGGCGCUUUGUGCUGAAAGUGACGGACCAUGGCUACAACGAGCUGCUGGAGGCCCAGAAGGUGAUCUGUCUCUUCUUCUUGGCCCCAGAGCGAUUCUGGACGGCGCCGGAGCUGCUCCGGGACCCGACACUGGAGCGCAAGGGAACCUUCCGCGGAGACGUCUACAGCAUCUCUAUCAUCAUGCAGGAGGUGAUCUGCCGCAGCACCCCCUACUGCAUGCUGGACAUGCCGGCCAAUGAGAUCAUCCGGAAGGUGGAGAAGCCGCCCCCGCUGUGCCGGCCGUCGGUCUCGGUGGACCAGGCCCCGAUGGACGAGCAUCCAGAGCGGCGGCCGCCCAUCGACCAGAUCUUUGACCAGUUCAAGAACAUCAACAAGGGCCGGAAAACCAACAUCAUCGACUCCAUGCUGCGCAUGCUGGAGCAAUACUCCAGCAACCUGGAGGACCUGAUCCGGGAGCGGACGGAGGAGCUGGAAAUCGAGAAGCAAAAGACGGACAAAUUGCUCACCCAGAUGUUGCCUCCGUCAGUGGCGGAGGCACUGAAGAUGGGGACGCCGGUGGAGCCCGAGUACUUUGAAGAGGUGACGCUCUACUUCAGUGACAUCGUGGGCUUCACAACCAUCUCGGCCAUGAGCGAGCCCAUUGAGGUGGUUGACCUGCUCAAUGACCUGUACACCCUCUUCGAUGCCAUCAUCGGCUCCCACGACGUCUACAAGGUGGAGACCAUCGGGGAUGCCUACAUGGUGGCCUCGGGGCUACCGAAGCGCAACGGGAACCGGCAUGCGGGUGAAAUUGCCAACAUGUCGCUGGACAUCCUGAGCGCUGUCGGCUCCUUCCGCAUGCGCCACAUGCCCGACGUGCCCGUCCGCAUCCGCAUCGGCCUGCACUCUGGGCCCUGUGUGGCUGGUGUCGUGGGGCUCACCAUGCCCCGGUACUGCCUCUUCGGGGACACUGUCAACACCGCAUCCCGCAUGGAGUCCACUGGCCUGCCUUACCGGAUCCACGUGAACAUCCGCACAGUCACCAUCCUGCACUCACUGAAGGAAGGCUACAAACUGGAUGUUCGGGGCAAGACGGAGCUCAAGGGCAAAGGUGUAGAAGACACAUAUUGGCUGGUGGGACGAGAGGGAUUCACCAAACCCAUCCCUACACCCCCUGACCUGCAGCCAGGGGCAAGUAACCAUGGCAUCAGCCUAGACGAGAUCCCAGAGGAGCGGCGGAAGAAGCUGGAGAAAGCGCGGUCAGGGCAGAAUAAGUAGCAGGAGCAGCCUGCGAGUGGGAGGCUGGGCUGUGUGGAGUCAAUGCAAUCCACGGCCGAUGCCACCUGAUGCUUCCUGGCUAGUCCCUGUGGGCCAUUCUGCUGUGGGACAGACUUAAAUUGCUUCCCCCGACCCCGUGGGAGGAGGAUGGACUGUGCCAGGUGGGCACCUUAUGCUGGUCAUCAGAAAUGGACUCUCCCACAUGUCUGCUGGUAUACUGGUCCCGAGCUGGGAAUUGCUGAUUGCUUUGUAGCCAAAGAGCCAGGUGCAUUAUGGAACUUGGGCUAACCUGGUAACUUCCAUGCACCUUCUACUACAGAGCCAUGUGCAUUAUGGGACUUGGGCCUUCCUUGCCCUCUGAUUAUAGAACCAGGUGCAUUAUGGGACUUGAGCCAACCUGAUAAUUUCUGUGCAUCUCCUACUAUACAGCCAGAUGCAUUAUGGGACUUUGACCAACUUGGAAACUUCUGUGCACUCCUACUAAAUUAACAGGUGCAUUAUGGGACUUCGGCCAACCUGGGAGUUCACAUUCUUUUAUUUUAACAUACAGCAUCCCCUGGGACCGGCAAUUCCCCCCUUUCUGGGUAUGGGGGCCAGGGAUUCAGAUUGCCACUGCAAGGAGAUGGAGGUGGGUGGGAAUUUGUGCAGCUCCUGGUAGUUUUCUACAGAGAACCCUGGACAGACACAGUGGGGGGGAAUGGAGAGCCUUCCCCCAUGGGCUUACUGCAAUUCACCGGCUGGGUGCUGGGGGUCUAGGGCCCUCAAGGGACAUUGGUGGGAAUAAUGUUCUGCUCACUCCUUGCUAACAGCUGGUGUGUUUGGGGUUCAGUUCCCGCCUGCGGCAGUGGAGGCCAUAUGCACGUGGCUUUCCUUUCCCUGCCUGGAAUGGGACUCCCUGCAUCUGUGAUUAUGACCCGUUCUCAGCACAGUAAUAUUUGGGCUCCCCUCCAGCCACAGGAGGGAUUGGCUGGCUCAA